UGGCCGUGGUAACCAAAAAAAAAAAAAAAAAUUUCUUCGUAUUUGUUUUUUCCCAAAAAAAUAUACACAAUCACUGAAAUACAACGACAAAUUUUCAUGAUAAUUUGAGUCAAUUUCAAUUGAACAUUUCAUCAUUUUCUUCAUCACAUCAUCAUCGAUUUUGUUUUUAAUUUAUAAUUUUUUUCUUCAUCAUUUUAUAUAAUUAUAAUCGAAUUCAUAGCUUGAAUUGUUAGCUAGACCGAAACCAAAAAACAAAACAAAACAAAAAAAUAUUUUUUCACAAACAAGUGCCGAACAAAAAAAAACGUUUGUAAAAACAACGAGUUUCAACAAUAAAUUUCUAUUAAAUGGAAGGAAAUAAAGAUGAAAGUGAACGAUGUAUGGCUAUAGCUGAGCAAUCAUUAUCAAAAAAAGAAUUUGAUAAAGCAGUAAAAUUUGCUCAAAAAGCUGAUCAAUUAUAUUCGACUGAAGUGACCAAAAGACUGUUAAAUAAAGCAAAAUUAUUGGCCGAAAGUCGCCAUAAUAAUCAAACAUCUGAUGAGAAUAGUUAUAAUAAUCAUCAACGGAAAAAUUCUGAAUCAUCAAAUAAUAUAAAUAAUGAUGAACAAUCUAAAUCAUCAUCAUCAUCAUCGACGGCAACAAAUGAUCAGCCAAAAUCGGUGGAUUAUAUACGUAAUUGUAAAGAUUAUUAUGAAAUAUUAAGCGUAUCAAAACAGGCAACUGAUAAAGAGAUUAAAACACAAUAUCGUAAAUUAGCAUUACAAUUUCAUCCGGAUAAGAAUAAAGAACCUGGUGCAGCUGAAGCAUUUAAAGCAAUCGGAAAUGCAUUUGCCGUAUUAAGUGAUCCGGAAAAACGACGAAAAUAUGAUCAAAUUGGUACAAUAGAUGAUUCUGAUUAUCCAUCAUUUAGUUCACGUAGACGUGGUUAUGAUUAUUCACGUGGAUUUGAAGAUUUUAAUGCUGAUGAAAUAUUCAAUAUGUUUUUCGGUGGUGGUUUUCCUACCGGUAAUGUUUAUGUUUAUAGAAAUGGUAAUGGUGGUUGGAAUCAACAUCAUUCACAUCAUCAUCAUCAACGGACAAAUCGUCAACAUGAAUCACAAGCAACAGCCGGCUAUACGGUUUUAUUACAAAUAUUGCCCAUAUUAUUUUUCAUUUGUAUCUCAUUAUUGAGUAAUCUUGUUCCAGAUAAUCCAUAUAGUCUACAAAGAUCAAGUAAAUAUCCAUAUCAACGAUUUACGGAGAAUCUAGAAGUGCCCUAUUUUGUUAAAGAAAAUUUUGAACGUGAUUACAGAGAUAGCCUAUCACAGAUUGAAAAACAUGUUGAAGAAAGUUUUAUUUCAAAUUUACAGACAUCAUGUUUUAAGGAAAGAAAUUAUAAAGAGAAUCUAAUCUAUCGAGCUCGAUUUUUACGUGAUACUGCAAUGGAAUCAAAAGCGCAAUCAUUGAAAACACCAUCCUGUGACCGUUUAGUACAGAUACAGAAAUCAUAUUAUUAAAUAAUUUGGAAAAUUUGAUGAUAAUGUUGAUGAUACUUGAAUUCUUUAUAUAUAAAUAAUAUAAAUAUUCUACUUGUAUUCGACGACCAACCAAGUGAUUGAUUCC